GUUAUACCAAUUCUCUUCGCAUGCUAUUACCUUGUAGCGCCAAAUAAGCGUGUUUGGCCUUGCGAAAUUUUUAUCAUUUUUUCAAAAAUUAUUUUAUUUUAAUAAAAAUUACAAUAUUUGAUCAUAAAAAUUUCAAAUAUAAUUUAAAAUAACAUUUGAAAAUUAAAAAUAUUUUAAACUUAAUUUUAUUUUACUUCUCUCGCAAAAAGUCAAAUAUUAAGUUUACUUCUUUUUUUAUAUAUAUUUUAAUAUCAGAAAUACUUUAUUUCUAAAAUACUAUGCCCAAACACAACUUCAACCCUAAUUUUAAUUUAAAAAAUAAAGUAAAUAUAUUUUUUAUUUUUAUGGUCAAACGGUGCUUAGCUGUGAUAUGUUAAACUAACUAGUAGAAGAGAGGGAGUAUAUUAUAUUUGCCUUAAUCAGCUCAACGGUUAACUUGUAUUUUACCGUCUUUGAAAAUUUGAUCUGAACAUCUUAUUCUUCACAUCCAAUCUGACAUAAGAUGCAAAGAUCUAUGCUUAACAAUUUUGGUCACUUGGGGAUACUAAAAUGAACAAUAAUACAGGGAUCUUAAGAGGGCCCUUUUAGUUUUCUUGCAAAAAGAGGGUCCGUUUUGGAGCACAAAAAAUUUUGUUGGAGGAGGAUGAAAGAGGUGAUGGGUAGUCCAGGAAGUGUGAGUGGAUUGUUAUUGAGACUUGGACAAUGUUUAUUUGCAGUUGGAUCAAUUGCUGUCAUGGUUUCUGCUUCUGGCUUCUCUAAUUACACUGCUUUUUGCUAUUUAAUUGCAUCAAUGGGGCUUCAAGUAUUGUGGAGCUUUGGACUUGCAUGUCUUGAUGUGUAUUCUUUGAGGAUAAAACAGGAUCUUCAAAAUCCAGUCUUAGUUAGCCUUUUUGUUGUUGGAGACUGGGUGACAGCAACUCUAUCACUUGCAGCCGCAUGCUCGUCAGCAGGGAUUGCUGUUUUGUAUUCAAAAGAUUUACACUUUUGCAGUAGUUCAUUGCAUCUUCCCUGUCAGAGAUUUGAGCUCUCUGUUGUCUUUGCAUUCAUAACCUGGUUUCUUAUAGCCAUUUCUUCUCAUGUGAUGUUUUGGAUCCUUGCCACGGUUUAACAUUUUAAGGGGCUGCCCUCAGAAGAUAAAUUAUUUCAGUCAUCUUGACCUCCAAGCACUGGUCACGUGUGUGUAACAUUUUCUCCCUCAGCAGUCAGUCAUCGUAGAAUUUCUUCUGAACUGAUGGACUUCUUGGAACAUCUGGGGUUAUUACUUGAACUCUAUUGAGUUCCACGUCGUUCAAGUGUAAAUUAGUGUUGUGAAGUGUUAAACCUACUAUUAGUGUUGAAGUGUUGAAGCUGCAUUCAAUUUUACUGAGAAUCUGAACAAGCACGUUUGCGCUUU